UUGAAAUUCAAUGCUCAGACGGCGUUUGAGGCUCUGAACCGCUUUCGCGAAAUCUUCUCAUCGAUCUGGCAACCCACCCACCAUAUGUUCGGAGAAAUGGCCAUUGCAAAGAACGCGGAAGAAGCGGAGAACGCAGUACGCGCGGAGAAGGGCAGGAAAUGUUUUUAUUUGAAGAAAAUGAUCGGAGAUUACAUAGACACCUCGGUUCGCGUUGUGGCCACCGUCUUUCUGGCCGACUUCCUGCAGCGUCUGUAUCGCUGUGUCGUCGAAUAUGUCCGAUAUAGCCGGCAUUAUCUGCCCGAGGACCGGGUGUGGACAAUCCUCCGGCGCUCCUGCACAUACAGCAACAAGUCAGCUUACCUGCUCUUGGGUUUCGUUCUCGUGGGACUUACCCGAAUUUCGAUUAGCGGAAAUUUUAGGAGCGUAGUGCCCACUGCCCUGUUUCUGGCCCACAUGCCGCUGUACUGGAUCUUCAGCGAUCUGAGUCAGAGCACGCUGAGCUACUCCCACUGGAUAAGGGAAAACCAUGGACUGGACUACGCGGCCGGAAUGGCCUCCAACUACUUCCACGGCUACCUCAAACUUUCUCUUCCCGAGCGCAAGGACGAUGGCCUCAAAAAACGAAUGGAUGACUAUGAGGACAAGAACCAAGUCACCUUCGGAAUAAACCGACUGGUUAUCCUUAUUCCGGACGAAAUGUUUGUAAACGGGGUUCUCGAAAGCGAUUUACUGGAUAAAGCUGAGCCCCUUGAGACGAAGUACAUCAACCGAGCCGGCGUUAAUCGUCCUUUUAAGCACGCUGUCUACAGAAUGAAUCAAAAGGUUAAUGGCAAAACCUACUACUUUGCCAUCGAGGGAGCUACGCCCAUGCUCUCCUUCUUCGAUGCCAUGCAGUCGAACCUGUCGGCCACCUGGCAGAUGAAGGAACUGAAGCGGGAGAUCUGGCUCAAGUUCUACAAACAUUUGAAGGAACUUAUCACCACGUGGCCAGAGACCCGUAACUUGGUGGAGUUGAUGAUCUAUAGCUCCCACGAUUCUAACGGAAAUCUCGUAGAUGUUGGCGAAUUGCUUAAAAUUCAUAUGCAAAAUAAAACGAGAACUAUUGACGAAAUUUCCGACUAGAGUUCCAAAGAAAUCUGCGAUUUUAUUGAUGUCUACAGGAGGAAUAUAAGGUCUAGAAAGCUAUAAAUUAGAAUCACUUGUUCGACAUCAAAAACCAUGAAAAUUUUAAUUUUUAAUUCAUUUUUGUACUUUUAUACGGAUGUACCAGCUAAUGACAAUGUUGAAUGUAAUAAAUAUAUACAUUUUACUAACAUUUAAAA